AUGGCGAUCCUCGCCGCUGCCGCCGAGACCAGCAGCAGCAGCAGCCAUGCUGCCCAUUCACAGCAGCAGCAACUCGCGUCAACCACCUGCAAGGCACCGGCGUCUUCCUCCUCGUCGUCGGAGGAGCCCAACAAGGGCGUGCGGCACCUGUGCGAGCGCGGGGUGACGGCCCUCCCGCCGCGCUACGUGCUGCCGCCCUCCGACCGCCCGGCGCCCCCGGCUGCACCGCGCGGCAUCCCGGUGAUCGACAUGGCGCGCCUCCGCUCCACUGCCCCCUCCGAGCGCGCCGCGGAGCUGGCCCGGCUCGACGCUGCCUGCCGCGACCUGGGCUUCUUCCAGGCGGUGAACCACGGCGCCGGCGACAAGGCAAGGGCCAUGCUGGACGUGGCGGCGCGCUUCUUCGCGCUGCCGUUCGAGGAGCGGGCAGCGCACAUGUCCCCCGACAUCCGGGCGCCGGUGCGGUACGGCACCAGCUUCAACCAGCUCAACGACGGCGUGCUCUGCUGGCGCGACUUCCUCAAGCUGCUCUGCAACCCGGCCAGGCUCGACGACGUCCUGCCGUCCUGGCCACACAACCCAUCCGACCUCAGGGAGGUGAUGUCGGCGUAUGCCCGCGCGAACCAGGGUUUGUUCCGGGAGCUGAUGGAGGCGGCGCUGGAGGCGAUGGGGAUCACCGGCGAGGGCGUGCUGGAGGAGCUCGACGUCGGGACGCAGAUGAUGAUGGUCAACUGCUUCCCGGCGUGCCCGGAGCCGGAGCUGACGCUAGGGAUGCCGCCACACUCCGACUAUGGCUUUCUCACCCUCCUCCUCCAGGACCAGGUCAACGGCCUCGAGGUCCGCCAGGGCAACGACGACUGGCUCCUUGUCGACCCCCUCCCCGGAGCCCUCAUCGUCAACGUCGGUGAUCACCUCGAGAUAUUCAGCAACGGGCGGUACAAGAGCGUGUUGCACCGGGUGCGAGUGAACUCAACGCAAUUGCGGAUCUCGGUGGCGUCACUACACAGUCUUCCACCAGAGCGGGUAAUCGGUCCCGCGCCAGAGCUUCUCGCUGAUGGUACCCAACGGCGGUAUAUGGACACUGACCUGACCACCUUCCUCAAGUACCUCGCCUCCUCCGAGGGGAAACACAAGACCUUCCUCCACUCUAGGAGGAUCACUACGUAA